AAAGCGCGGCCAGGGCGCGCGGGAGGCGGUGCUACGGGGGUGUGGCGUCCGCCGGGUGCCACUCCUGUCUUCCCUUCCAUCCCCCAGCUCGCUUCCGUCUCCACCUGUGGCUAACCCGGCCCCAGGAAGCGACCUGCUUUUUUAAAAUGCUUACGGGAACCGGAUUGAGAUCCGAGAAACUUCCAGUUUUGCCUUCUGUCCUCUGCUUCCUCCAGCCCAAAAUGGGCUAUUUCGGCAGCUUUCGGGAGAAGGGCGCCACUCAGUGCCACCCUCACGGGGCGCCGUGUUCACGGGUGUGGAAGCUGAGGCAUCAGUGAGGUGAAUUAUUGGCUUACCUUGAAUCUGCUGAGAGUAGAGGACAGCGACCCAGAUUCCUAGGUUUCACUUCUAAUUCCUGAAUGUGGAAUACUAUCAAAAGAACUGAAAAACCUGGUCAUGAAAAGUGGACCUUAUUACUCGGUGAAGAAUUUACCUCUUUAUGAACUAAUUACAUAUGAAUUCAUCAACACCUUUAUAAAGAAAGGCUCCUGCUAUGCGCUAACAUACAAUACAAGUAUUGAUGAAGACAAUACUGUUGCCCUACUACCGAAUGGGAAAUUAAUUUUAUCACUGGAUAAAGACACUUACGAAGAAACUGGACUUCAAGGUCAUCCAUCUCAGUAUUCUAGCAGAAAAACUAUGAAAUUUAUCGUUACCAUUGAUUUGAUGGAUUUAUCCUUUAACCUGGAUUCUAAAAAGUACAAAAGAAUAUCUUGGUCCUUCAAAGAAAAGAAGCCAUUGAAAUUUGAUUUUCUUUUGGCUUGGCAUCAUACAGGUUCGGAAGAAUCAACGAUGAUGUCAUACUUUUCCAAUUACCAAAUUCAGGAGCAUCAACCAAAAAUAGCACUGAGCACACUGGCCUCUCUGCAGUGUCCAGUGCUGCAGAGCAGUGAGCUCCGGGGGACACCCGAGGUGGCCUGCACUGCCCAGGAGCUCUUCGAUUGGCUCGGAGCUGUCUACAGUAACGUCGAAUUAAAUAAUGAGCCCAGUAAUUUCAUAUCAACCUAUUGCUGUCCUCAGCCAAGUACAGUGGUGACAAAAGCUUCUUUGUGUACAAUCACUGGUUUCAUACUCCCAGAGAAGAUAUGUCUCUUAUUGGAACAGCUGCGUCGCUACUUCGAUGAGCCAAAGUUAGCUCCUUGGGUUACCUUGUCUGUUCAAGGCUUUGCAGACAGCCCUGUUUCUUGGAAAGAAAAUGAACAUGGUUUUCGAAAAGGUGGAGAACAUCUGUACAACUUCGUGAUUUUUAAUAAUCAGGACUAUUGGCUUCAGAUGGCCGUUGGAGCAAAUGAUGACUGUCCACCAUAAAAAAAUAAAUAAAAACAUUUGAAAUAAUCUUUA